GCAUCAGCUAUUCCUCGUGAGAUACGCACGUUGGAAAUCCCAUAAUAAUAAAAUCUGCGGAGCUUCGCUUCCAUGGGCCCCAGCUGCGCGUGUGCAACGGGGGGACACACACACACCAGCCCCAUGAUUCGCCAGGUACCGCUCCAGCUGGCAAGUUUAGCUCCUAUCUAGGCAUCAUACAAAACACCUUGAACUGGCCAGGCACCUUUUUUGAGCCAUUCGGAGAGCUGCUCGCUCGACGUAUUCGGGCCCUGUUUGGGAAGGCUCUGUGCCUUGUCCAUUGGUUUCCAGUCAACAGCCUAAACCCUACGGCCUUAUCGCAAGCAGGAUAGGCUUCAGGAUGGUCGGCAUGGUCAUGGUGACACUGAUACAGUGCGCAGCACGGCAGAGCAUCAUGCCAACCAUCGAGACUGAACUCCACAGCCAUGUCAAUCACAAUGCAUCCUCCGUCAGAACUGGGCUUGUAAUCUGCUGGUCUAUAUAUUCGCCACAGGAACCUCACCAGGGAAGAUCCCAAAGUCGACCCAGGUGCACCAACAGAUCGGUCAAGCCAGCUUUUCAGAGCAUAUCCAAACCACUCCCACUCUCUCCAACAACCCAACUCAAGCCCUAGUUCUAGCAUUCUUGCACAGCACAGAAAGAAUCAACACAUCCCUUACUUAGUACUCCUCCCACAAUGACGAACUCGAACGUCCCCAUCUUCGUCACCCCCAAUGGCACCGUCUACAUCGGCGGCGGCAGCAACGCCAACUGCACCGUCUCGGUCUGCCCGAUCGAGAUGAGCGUCUACGGAUACCGCCCGUCUCUGGCCGCGAGCGGCGCCCUGAUCGCCCUCUACGGCCUCUGCAUCGUCGCCCAGGUGAUCCUGGGGUUCCGGUACAGGGCCUGGGGCUUCAUGAGCCUGAUGCUGCUGGGCUGCGUGGACGAGAUCAUCGGCUACGUGGGCCGCAUCUUGUAUUGGCAAGAUCCAUGGGCGCAACCCGGGUUCAUCAUGCAGAUUGUCUUGAUCACCAUCGGGCCUGUCUUCUUCUCCGCCGCCAUCUACGUGCUGCUCGCCCAGAUCGUCAAGUACAUCUCCGUCGCGUCGUCGCGCUUCGCGCCCCAGUACUUCUACUACCUCUUCAUCCCCUGCGACAUCGUCAGCCUGGUCCUCCAGGCCGCCGGCGGGGCCAUGUCGUCGUCGUCCAACGGCGGCUCCAAGGCCGGCGUCGACGUCGCCCUCGCCGGCCUGAGCUUCCAGGUCUUCACGCUCGCCGCCUUCGUGGCCCUGGCUCUCGACUACGCCCGCCGCAGCCGCGUGGUGUGGAUGGCAGUCCGGCUGCCCACCCGCUUCGUCGUCUUCAGCGGCUUCCUGUUCGCGGCCACGCUCCUGAUCCUGGUCCGGUGCUGCUACCGCGUCUACGAGCUGAGCGGCGGAUACUCGCGCACCAGCGACGCGCUGAGGGACCAGACGCUCUUCAUUGUCUUCGAGUCGGUGAUGGUCAUCCUGGCCUCCUUCUGCCUGAUACCCGCCCAUCCGGGCUUCGUCUUCAAGACGGGUGACGAGCAUUUGGUCUCAGACCCGUCGAUCACCGAGAAAGGCAUCUCUUCCAAAGUCCGGUCGGCCAGCCGUUCGCCGGAAUCCGUUGAGAGGUUGUGAAGAGCGUGUUCAAAAGAAGAGAAAAAAAAAAGGGCUAGUGGUUCAUAUGCGAGUGUGUGGUGAAGAGAACGUGGCGCCCUGUAAGCUUGCCGCAGCAGGGCUUCCCACCAUGAUGUCUGGCACUUCGGAAGGCGAGCGGCGCUCGCGGACUAGAUGAACCAGCGAUUCAGGAUCUAUUUGUAUUUUUGGCAGGAAUGGGAAGGUCCCGGGCAAGUGAGGGAGGUUAUGCUUGACCAUAUCUCUACAUGACACGACUAGUUUCGAAGGGUUCCGUAUAGAUUUCGGGCGUAUCUGCCUUUUCAGUUUUUACG